UGUUGCUUGAGGAAACUUGUUCUUUACAGCAUUGUUUCGGGAGCUCUUGCUGCCAGCAGGACAAUUCCUACCAGGAUACGUAUUGAGGCUACCUAGCGACACCCGAUUCUUUCUCAAGAGCCAUGUACUUUUGACUUAGCCCGAAGCAAUAACAAGCAGGAGGCGGGCUUUCAUCUAGACACAAUAAGGAGCAAGGUCUAAGAGGUAUGGGAAGCUUCUGCACCCUUUCCACAAACUGCCGCUCUUCACGUUAUCGAGAUAUUCAUCUUUCGCUCGAGUUCUCCUCCUAGAACCGUUGCUGUCCAGGGAUGCCAUUCGAGGCAAACAAGGCAGGUGACUUCUGAUCUCACAGUAGACAGCACUUUCCAAUUUCGAAGACGUUGCAACUUCCACUUAACCUGCGUUCCGGAAAGUCUCCAAGCCGAACCUUCCUUCCCUUCCACUCUGCCAUCAGCCGGCUGUCAUCCAUGAGAACCAACAAGGAGUCGAUCCUGCAUCAUCAGUUCAAAAGUUCAGCUUCUACUGUCAUAAGCCGCAAUCAUGGCUCGAAGCAGGAAGUCCACAAAGCCACCACUGGUCAUGGCUACUACAGCGAUACCAGGGGACAAUACAGCCAGCUCUAUCAGUCGACAUAUCCCACUCUUUUGUUCCGUGUGUCCUGAGAAUCCUCGUUUUUCGGAUGUCUCACAUCUUCUUACUCAUAUCGCUUCGAAAGGACACCUUCAUCACGAAACCCAAACGAAGCUCAAGGCUCACCAAGAUAUCACCGCUGCGGUCAAACUUCAACGUUACGAGGAGUAGUACUCCCAAAAUGGCAUCGAGGCACUGUUGGUUGAUAGAAUGAGAGCAAAGCAGUUGAAGGAAGAGGCUCGUAGCCGGCGUAAUCAAGGAAAUCAUUUCGCCUCUGCCAAGCAAAACAAGCGGAAGAUUAAACAGGAGACAUCAAUGAGCCCCGCCAUUAAGCUCGAAGGAGACGAACUUCUAGACGAUUUCCCAAUCUUCCCGGGCUUCUUUGACCAUGACCAAGAUCACGAUGUUCAAGAAGAAUUCUCUCUGGGAGCCGACUCAAUGUCGCUGAAGGGCCAAGUGUGGCCAGGAAUGGGGAAAAUGGAUCUUGCCGACGACGAGAUGAGGCGAACUCGGAACCAAAAGAAGCCCAAGUCCGUGAUCGACAGAAUGAAGAGGGCUUCAGAGCGUAUCGAACCUACCCAAUUCAUCAUGACAUCUGAACUAGAAGUUGAAAGGACGAAGGACGUGUAUGAUGAUGCUUCCUCUCCUGCUCCUGGCCAGGAAGAAUCAACACCACCACGAAAAGCUCCAAAAACGAAGCGCAAAAAGGCCACACCUCUUGCUGAAAUCUCGGCCAACGCUCCCAAGCAACGCCGUAGUACUGCUCGUGGCCCGAAAUCUGGCACGGGAAAGGAGACAAACCCCACAAAGAAAAAAAGUCGCGAGAAAGAACCCAAGACAUAUCCUCCACCAGAAAAACCGCAAGAUAUCCACGAUGUUUUCCGUGAUGAAAAGGACCGGCCAGCUUCCAUCAGUGAACCUCCACUUCCUGCCACUCGGAAUGAUAGGAGAUUCGACCUUCGCACGAAGCAUGGAGCUCGAAGCAUUGACAACCUUCUUCAUCCAAGUCUUGUUUCUCCCACGCCGCAUCCGAGAGAUCUAGCACCACGACAACUUCUAGGCCGAGAAACAUCUAACACACUUCGACCUGAAUCAUUCCCUCCAGGCACAUUCAGUCACGUAGAAGCUUCGUAUGCUUUGAAGGACGCUACGAUCUACAAUGCUUCGUCACGCCUUCCAUUCGUCCCUCCAAAUUUCGACCAGUAUCGAGGACUUGGUCCAGAUCAGUUUCGAUUGGCCGCAGACUAUGGAUUCCAGCUGAAACAUGAAGACUACACGGGAUCAAUCACGGGAGAUACAACACAAGGGACAAAUAACAGUCCUUUCAUGGGGGUACCUGGAACCAACCCUCUUUUUUCCCAUGAUAGGCCAUUCUUGAAUCCUUACAGCCAAGCUACACCGAAUGCAACAUUCUCUCCAUUGUCAUUUUCCUCCAUCAACCGACAGCAAGACCACUUACACAAUGACGGAGGAAUGAAACCACCCCAGACACAAAUUUGUGAGCCAAAUGAGAACAACGGUGGCCUUGGAGAGGAGCAAGAGCUAAGCAUGAAUGUACCCUGGAACCUGCAUGGUACAGAAAAUGACCUGGACUUUUCCCACGGCCUUGCAGUGGACGACUCACAAAUGUGACUGACAAGAUGAGCACCGAAGAAGGCAAGACAUGUGCCUCGUAGACCUGCAGGCACCCAAGACACAAACGAGAAUCACAAGAUCCACAAGCAUAAAUGGAGUUCGCCAGUCUUCCAGAUCAUGGCGAGUCAUGUUAGAUCGUUGCUCUCAACCCUCAUGACAGCCACCGAGAUGAUACGAACAUGCUGUACAUAUUACAUACGACUCCCUACGCCUAUUUCUACCGACUUGCGUUUUUGACAUUCUAUUAUUCUUUUUGAACUUUUAACAAAAUGGUACCGGGUGGGGAAACAAUUAGGAGUUUCGAUUAACUUGGGACAAUGUUUAACGGCGCUCAGAUGAUCAGUAUGGGGAAUUUGGGGCUUCAAGGAGGCAUAUAAAAUGGUGUCAUGAGAAAAGAAUAACUAGGUGGACUUUGGUGUCCGGGGGAGACGGACAUAUCAUUUGACAUUGGAGUUACGGGGUUUCAAGACAGAAGACAUUGUAAGCACCUUAUGGGAAAUUAGUCAUUCUGACAUUGGGUUUUUAUUUCUUUCUUCUAUCGAAUCCCCGAAACAGUACGUAGUAUAGUUGUGAUGUUAUUUACAAUUGUUCAAUGCCCGAUACCAGCUGGUCAAGUUGAUCCGGCCCGUUAUGUAUUACGUCUGACAAGGCACGGCAAACACCCCUGAAGCGACGAAUCUUCAUUUCUUGCUCCAUUUGCCCCGACUUCAGAGCAGCAACAUCAAUGACCUUCUUGGGAAUAUGAGCGAGCCUCGCAACGUUCAAGCCAUAAGAUCGAUGAGCAACACCUUCGCCAACUUCGUACAAGAACGUGACCUGUUCCUCGCCAUCCUCUCCCUUCUCUGCCUUGAAUUUCAUGUGAACGUUCUUGACACCAUCCAGACCUUCAGCUACCCGCGCUAGAUUUUGAUAGUGCGUGAUGAAGAGUGUUAGGCAGCGGGUUUCAGUGACGACAUGCUGCAGCACAGCCUGAGCGAUGGCGGCGCCAUCGUGAGUACUGGUUCCGCGGCCUAGCUCGUCGAGAAUGACCAGACUUCGGGGGCCGGCCGAUCGAAGGAUACGGGCUGUUUCAGAGACCUCAACCAUGAAUGUAGAUUCACCGGCGAAGAGAUUGUCGCGAGCCCCCGUUCGUGUAUGAAUAGCAUCACAGAGGGUGAGAGACAAGGCAUCGGCUGGGACAUAGGAGCCCACUUGAGAAAGGAGAACUAUAAGGGCAAGGGCGCGGACGAAAGAAGACUUACCGCCCAUGUUGGGGCCAGUUAUGAGAUGAGCGAGAGGUGAAGGAUGCAUGAGGCUGGUAGAGAAGGGUAUGUAGCCGCCGUCAAGAGUAUGCUCAGCAAUAGCGUGACGACCGCCAGUAAUAGAGAUAGUUGGGUCGGCGGUUGAUGGGAGAAAUGAGGGUCGAGAGUAGCCUGGCUGAGCGGCAACUUUAGAGAGUGAGAGAAUGCAAUCGAGGGUCGCGAGAGCAGAUACGGCAUCGCGAAGAGGCUGGUAGUCUGCAGAAAUGGAGGCGAGCAGAUCUGUGAAGGCCUUGUCACAGGCGGCAGCUAAGGCCUCGCGGUGUUGAUCGCGUUCCGUGAUGAGGCGAAGUACCUCGGGUGUGUGAAAGCGUGAGAGUUUCUUCGUUCCAGAAAUCUUGGCCCAAGAAGCAGGGACGUUUUUGAUAUCUGUGUUGGGCACCUCAAUAAGAUAUUCGAUGCCAGCAACAGUGACAUAAUCGACAGUCUUCUUCUUGAUCUUUUCAGCGGCGGCAGCACGGUGACCAUCUAGCUCGUGCUCAACAUGAGCGAUACCAAGUUGAUGAUCUUGCAUAUCCUCUGUCUGAAAUUCAUCACGGAAAAAGCCAUAUUUGUCAUCCUUCUGGGCUGCGACAAGGUUAAUGCGCUCGAGAUAGGACACAACUGUGUCAAGAAUUUGUGGAAGUGCACAGACAGCAUCGUUUAGGAGAGAGGAAGAGAAGGGGGCGUCAGAAGGACUCUUGACGGUUGAGUAGUAACUUGCAACCCUUUGGAGGGCCUGAAGCACUGAGAGGAGUUCUGGACGUGUGCAUUUGCCGUAAUAGAUGCGGAUAAGACUGCGUUCAAGAUCGGUUUUGGUGUUGGCCAAAAGUGACUCAAGCUGGGAUACAGGAACGGUUGAUUGCUUCUCGAGAAGCUCCUCAACGGCGUUGAGACGGGCCUCGAGAAGUUGUUGAUCGAGCAGGGGACGUCCUACCCAUUUUCGGAGUAGGCGAUGUCCUGGGCGCGUGAGUGUCUUGUUGAGCGCCCAGAACAGACUGCCUUUUUCGGAGUGAUCUGUAGAAUUACGGUACACUUCAAGGCUUUCGAGGGUCGUACCAUUGAUUAGCAUAUGUGAGCGUGUGCUGAAGCUCUGGAAGUACUUUGUAAGGUCAAAGAUGUGCUCGAGACCGUAUUCUUGGAGAUGGUUGAUCAUAGCCGAGAGGCAGAUGGUGACAGACUCGGGAAGUUUCAAGACUUUGUCGAGAAGGGCGGCAGCAGUUUCGUCUUGGGCAUUAUCUUUGAGCUUGUCCGCGUAGAAUUGAGUGACGUGGGAGUACGCCUCAGCCGCCAUAGUCUUACUCUUGGAAACGCGCUCGACUCGACUCCGGUCACCAAAAACAUUCGUGCUGGUGCCUGAUAAGUGCUGCACGAGUUUAUCGGUACCCUUGCUUAAAUCCCCUACGAUCAAGAACUCGCAGGGGGAGAUGUGCAAGAGCCGCGUUUCAAUCUCACUCCGCAUGAAACCGUCCUCGAAGUUGUCGUAUAUGAUGUCUCCGGUUGCUGGCUGUACGGCAAUGAUGCCAACAUCAACUUUCUCAUCAGUGCCCCAUCCCUUGGCCUUGGAUUCCGUUAAACAUAAUAGAUAACCGCCCGAGGGGGCUCCCGAACCACCGCUCUGGUCGAGCUCACCAUUCUCAUCGAUGUAUGUACCUUUUGUGUAGAGAUUGGUGAGCUUGCGGACAAAUGGGGUGUUGCGGUUGUCUCCAGCCUUCUUCAAUGCUGCAGUCUCGAUUUGACGAACGACACCGACUUUGUGUCCGGCAGCUACCAGGCGCUUUGCAUGUACCGGAAGACGGUGCACCGGGAUACUCGCCGAGGCAAAGCGAUCUAAAUGAGCCUCUGACGGGU